AUGAACCUCACGUUCCCUUUGCAGUGGAACAAACAGGUCGUGUACGACGAGCACGCACAAGACAAGGAAGGUUGGUCCCGGCGCAAGGUGGACUUGAACAUCUUCGCACUGGCCACGGGCUGUCGGUUACGGCACGGUUUCUUCGAUCCUGAUUCGAAUGCUGUACCCUAUUCCAAAGAGGUGGACCUUCAAUGGAGUGGGACAAAAAUGAACUACGAGCUCUCGAAGGAAGAUAAGAUAUGCAUAGCGAAGGCGUAUCCGUGA